AUGAAGAACGGACAAAAGAACGGACACACGUUCAUCGUCGAGGGCGACAGGCAUGAGUUUGACCCUGAGAAAUGGGUCGGCACCAGCCCCGAUGGCCUCCCUAAACGGCACCCAGAGACGCACGUCAAUGUGCUGAUCGUGGGCGCCGGGGUUGGCGGCCUGAUGACGGCACUGGAGUGCUGGCGAAAGGGACACAACGUGGUGGGCAUCCUCGAGCGCAGCGCCGGUCCCAACUACAGCGGCGACUUGAUCAUCAUCCAGCCGUCCGCCGUGGCCGUGUUCCGCCACUGGCCCGACAUGUACCGCGAGAUCGAGGCCGACAAGGUGGACGCGCCCAUGUACUACGUACGGCACACGGGCGAGGUCAUCUACGGGCCGUCGAAGCCGACGUACAACGACCCGGAGCACGCGGCGGAGCGCAAGAAGCACCCGUUCGUGGGGCCGGUGCAGAUCCGCAAGAAGUUCUACCGGAUGCUGCUGCGGCAGGUGGCGCGGCUGGGGCUGCGGGUCGAGUACGGCCAGCGGGUGGAGCGCUACUUCGAGGACGAGAAGGCCGGGGUCGCCGGCGUCGUGGUGGCGGACGGCAGCGUGCGGGCGGCCCACGUCGUCGUGGCCGCGGACGCGUUCCGGUCCGAGUCGGAGCUGCUCGUCGCCGGCGAGCACAUGCCGACGCGGUCGUCGGGCAUGUCGGUCUACCGCUGCGCCUACCCGCGCGAGCUGGCGGCGGGCGACCCGGCGGUGGAGGCGCGGUGGCCGCGCGGGUCCGGCCAGACCAAGGAGUACUGGCUCGGCCCGGGGAUGCACAUGGGCCUCUUCGUGUCGGACGACCUGGUCGCCUUCGGGCUGACGCCGCGCAACAGCUUCCUGUCCGAGGGCAGCAGCGAGCCGGCCGAGUCGUGGGACCCGGACGUCGACCCGGACGAGGUGCUGCAGGUGCUCCAUCGGGUGCCCGGCUGGGACCCGGCCAUCGCCGGCCUGAUCCGGUCGGCCCCGCCCGGCUCCAUCGUCCACUGGCCGCUGCUCUGGCGCAACCUGCGGCCCGAGUGGACCUCCAAGGCCGGCCGCGUCGUCCAGCUGGGCGACUGCGCCCACUCGAGCGUGCCCGCCUCGGCCGCCGGCGCCACGCUCGCGCUCGAGGACGCCGUCACCCUGGCCGCCUGUCUGCAGCUCGCCGCCGCCGCCGGCGCCGGGGGUGCCCGGGCCGCGCCGCUCGGCACCAAGGUGUACAACCUGCUGCGCUAUCAGCGUGUCAGCUGCGUCCAGAAGAUGGCCUUUGUCAACUCGCAGCUCCUCAACGCCUCGACCGCCAACUGGGACGCCAUCGAGCAGGACCCCAAGCAGGUCCGCAUCCGCUUCCCCAAGUGGGUCUUCCGCCACGACCCGGAGGCCUACGCGUACGAGAAGUACGGCCAGGCGUUUGCCCACCUCGUCGCCGGCGAGGAGUUCGUCAACACAAACUUCCCGCCGGGCCACAAGUUCACCCCCUGGACCCUCGAGGAAAUACAGCAGCUGAUCCGGGAGGGCAAGCGUGUGGAGGAUCUCUUGGACGGAGACUGGUCGUAG